AUGAGUUUAUUUAAAUAUGGAUUUGAUAGAAGUAGCUCAAGAUCAAGAGGCUCAAUUUUACAAAUAAAUGAUUUAUUAAAUCCAGAAGAAAUCUCAAUCACAAUUAAUAUUUUUGAUGCUGAGCUUGCUGAAUGGAAUCAAUAG